GUCGGUUUAGAAUGGACAGGUUUCCUGAAGUUCUUAAGCUAGCUGUGUAGAGGGCGCAGAGAGCUGUUGGGAUAUGGCCUAGAUGAGGAAUAUCCUGGUAGAAGUCACCAUCUUAGGCUAGGCUAUGGAGUUGUAAGUUGGGGACCAGGGGUUUGUCCUGAUGAGAGGCAGUCAAAGCUUCCACAGCAAGGGUCUGACGAAGGACUAAGACCUCCCAGGUGCCCUCUCAAGGCCCUGCUCGCCUCAAGAAUGCUUACUGGUCACCUCGAGGCUAAGGAGUCAGCUGAAACAAAUCAUGUUAGAGGACCAGAGUCAGGGAGGAGGAGGGCCCAACAAUGAGAAGAAGAAGAUGGAGGCCAAAGCCCAGGCCCCUGGGGAGGACAGCAAGACUGAUGAGGUUGUGGGGCUGCAGAAGCAGAUCUCUGACCUUGGGACAGAACUCACAAGACAGUCAUCAUGGUGGUGCGUAGCUCACAAAGACCUCCAGAGUCAGAUCGAUGCUCUGAUAAAGGAGAACCAGGAGAUCCGUGCAGAGUUGCAGACCUUGAAGAAGCAGGACUCGGAGGCCCCAAAAGCCCCUACAGCCUCACCAUCCCCGCCAACAGCGACCAACACUCUGGUACAGCAGAUUUUCUGCAUUACGGAGAUAGCAGCAUACGAAGGAUGCACCCUCCCAUGUAGGCACAGUCUCCACUGGGUACCCCGUGAGGGCUUAACGAUUAUAAAUCACACAGAACUGACACCAGUGUACAUACGGAUAGAGGGGAUGGAUUCUGAGAAAACAACAUCAUGGGAUGAAAGAGAUGACGCGCCUUCUGGAAGUCCUCAAAACGGGAGUACAAUGGCCACCGGAGGAACAGACUCUCUGGAGGAAAGACUGUCUUUUACAUCUUUAGAUGAAAAGGUUAUACACAUGUCUUCCAAAUUUCUGCAAAGAGGCUUUGGCAGACUGUCACCAGAACCACUUUCUGACAGCACAUUCCUGGACACAGAGUCACCGGCUGAUAUCUGGUCUUCCAAUCCAGACACUUCAGAAGGUGAGAUUCUCCUGCAGGCCCGAGCAAGCAGGGUCCUCCCUUGUUUUCCCCCGAAUGCAGUGUGGCUGCAGAAUAUUCCAGCAAAGUCAAGAGUUCCUAAAGAAGUACAGCAAACCUCGGACACUACAAAGGAAGAUGAGACACAGGAAAAGCGACACUCAAACGGCAAGGUGGAGCGGUUGCUCAGUGACGGGCGAACUAUCAUCACCUUCCCCAAUGGGACCAGGAAAGAGAUCAGUGCUGACAAGAAGACCACCGUCAUCAAGUUUUUUAAUGGUGACAUGAAGAAGGUCAAGUCCGAUCAGAGAGUGGAACAGCACGACCAGGAAUACUUGGGAAGGAAAGACUUUAUUUGGCUCACAUGUCCCCAUCAUGAUAUCGAGGGAAAUCACCAUCAUUGCAGGAAGUUGGAGAUUUAUUAUUAUGCGGACGCUCAGACGACGCACACAACCUACCCAGAUGGUGUCGAAGUUGUGCAGUUUCCUAACAAGUGGACUGAAAAAUUCUACCCGGAUGGCUCCAAGGAAACCGUGUUUCCUGAUGGGACAGUGAAACAGCUCAAGGAUGGAUGUGAGGAGACUGUGUUCCCCGAUGGGACAUUUGUGACAGUGAAAAGGAAUGGAGACAAAACCAUCAUGUUCAGCAACGGACAGAAAGAAAUCCACACAGCCAGGUUCAAGCGGAGGGAAUUCCCAGAUGGCACCACCAAGACGGUGUACUGCAAUGGCUGCCAGGAAACCAAGUAUGCCUCAGGGAGGAUCAGAGUCAAAGACGAGACGGGAACUGUCAUCCUGGACUGGAAGUAGUACAUCUAAAGGACUCAAUGCCAGGCAGUAGCUUCAACUUCCAAAUAUAGUUUUGACUAAAAUAGACAAAGCAACUCACAUUGAUAGGUUCCCUCUGACAAUCUUGGAGAUCUCCUUAUGCAUGAGGAGUAAAGAGACAUCCAAAAAUUUGGAAAGAAAGAGACCAUGUAGCCACCAUCUUGGGAGAAAGGUCAGAGAAACAGUAGCCAGAAAUUAGGCCCGGGACAUGGCCUUGUCCAGACCAUGCCUUCUGUCAGAGCCUGGCCCUGGAGUAGGGGGUAUAAGGGAAGCAGCAACAUCACUGCCAGCUAAUUCCUGGGAGCAGCCAUUAACAACAACUGUCUCCAAGUCUUGCUUGGCCAACGCCUACCUACCUGCAUCUACUUCUACCCCCUUUAAGAGUCCUUAUAAGUAGGAUCCUGGGGGAUGUAUCUUCACUGGUGCCUGAUGUAUCAAUAAACAUGAUUAACCAUC